AUGCGCAAAGCAUCACACGAAGCGCUCAAUAAGGUCGUGGCGCACGGCCUCAACGAGUACCAGAUGGAGGAGGCUGUUGUUCUUGUACGGAAUACGCUACAGAACCCGGCGGGAUGGGAUCAGUUCAUUCGCAACGCUACCGCGAGCACAAUGCUUCGCAGUGUGUACGAUGAGUCGCCGGCACUGGAUGAGCAUGACACUCGUGUCAAACAGAUCAACGAGUUCGCCCAAACCGCCUCCUCUGCUGCUGCCCCCGGAGCGUAUCUGGUCGAAGUCAUGCCCUGGAUGCGCCAUAUACCGAGCGCUUUUGCUCCUUGGAAGCGGGAAGCUGAGGCAUUCUACAGGCGUUCUGACGCUCUGUUCUCCAAGUUCUUCGGUCGCGUACAGGAGAGCAUAGACAACGGGGCCGAACGAGCCUCAUUCUCCGCGACAUUGAUCCAUGACCGAGACCGCUACGGAUUGAGUACGCACGAGAAUGUGUGGUUAGCUGCAUCCGUAUAUGCCGCAGGUUCGGACACCACUCGCGCGGCGUUGAGCUGGUGGAGUCUCGCCAUGCUACUUCACCCCGAGGUUCAGAAGCGCGCUCAGGACGAGUUAGAUUCCGUUGUUGGCCGCGCACGGGUACCCACAUUCGCCGACAUGCCACGUCUUCCCUACAUCAGCGCGAUCAUCAAGGAAUCGAUCCGUUGGCGACCGGUAACACCCCUUGGAGUACCUCACAGAAGCGUCGAGGACGACUUCUACGAGGGAUACUUCAUUCCAAAGGGGGCCGUUGUCUUUGCUAACGUCUGGGAAAUGAAUCACGACCCGGCGACGUUCGGUGAUGAUGCUCACCUAUUCAACCCCGACCGCUUUCUCAACGAGAAAGGCGAGCUCUUGACAACUCUUCCUGGCUCGAAAGACGACGGGCAUUAUGCAUUCGGAUUCGGCAGGCGAAUUUGUGUCGGGAAGCAUGUAGCGAACAACAGCCUCUUCAUCGAUAUAGCCAUCUCGCUAUGGGCCUUCACGUUUGUGAAUGUCAAGGGCCAAAGCCCCAGCGCAGAUGGUUGCGUGAACGAGGGUCUCGUUGUUGUACCCAAGCCGUUCGAGGUUGAUGUUCAGCCUCGCUUCCCGGAGGCCUUGGCCGUAUUGACUCAGGAGUGCGAGCUUCGCGGUCGGUAA